AUGCCAUUAAUAGGGCUGGAUGGUUGCUUCCUCAAAGGUUACUGCAAAGGUGUGCUAUUGGCAGUAAUUGGUGUAGAUGGAGGGAAUUCCAUAUUUCCCAUAGCUUAUGCAGUUGUAGAGAAGGAAACUACUAGCAGUUGGGAAUGGUUUCUAACAUUAUUGAAGGAUGACUUGGCACCAAGGGAUACAAGGACACUCACCAUGAUGAGUGAUAGGAAAAAGGGUCUUCAAAAUGCUGUUGAGUCUAUUUUGAACAGCCCUGACACAAGAUUCUGUGUUAGGCACAUGUACUGCAACUUCAAGAAAGACUUCCUUGGCCUAUUACUGAAGCAACUUGUGUGGGCAGCUGCUAGAUCAACAAUUCCUGCUCAUUUUGACCAGAGUAUGAAAGAAAUCAAGGAUAUCAAUAAACGAGCUUACAAUUGGUUAGCAUCCAAACCAAAGUUAGAGUGGACAAAGGCAUACUUCAAGGAAGGUGUCAAAUGUGACAUUUUAUUGAACAACAUGUGUGAAAGCUUCAAUAUGGCCAUUAUGGAUGGAAGGGACAAGCCCAUUAUGACACUAUUGGAGACAAUCAGAGGUUGGUUAUUGUCUACUUUUACUAAGAGAAGGGAAGGCAUACAGAAGUGGAAGCAUGGAGUGCACAACAACAUAGUAAAACUUGUAGCAAAAAAUGCUGAAAUUGGUAGGAAGUGCUCUGUCACAAGAGCAAAUGCUAUUUUAUUUGAAGUUAAAAUGUCAGAAGCUGGUGCCUUUAUGUUUGAUCUAGACAAACAUGAGUGCACAUGCAGAAGGUACUACAAAACUGAAGCUUAUGCAGCAACAUAUGCAGGCACAAUUUCCCCCAUGCCUAGCCUUGACAAGUGGCCAAACAAGGGCCUUAAUCCUAUAUUCCCUCCCUGUGAGCAUAACCUUCCUGGCAUGCCAAAAAAGAAAAGGAGAAGGGGUGCUGAUGAAAAAGAUCCACCUGCAGCUGCCACAGUUAGAAAAGCCAGCUGA